UGUUUAGAAUAGUAUAGUAUAGUAUAGUCACUAUAGUGUAUAGAUCUAGAUAAAGAAUAGAUUUAGACUCUCGAUUCUAGAUCUAAAUAGUAAAAUUUAGACUCCUAGACCUAAAGGAACUCUAGAUUUACCUAUAUAUAGUCUUGCUUACACUUACUACUACUUACUCAGACUAUCAGUAUCACUAUAAUACUGACUAUACUAUGAGUCAUGACUAUGUCACUAUCAGUCAAAUUCAAAUCAGUGUCACUAGUAGUACGUGACUACAAUUACAAACUCAAAGUCACAAAGACUGAGUGAAAGACUGUGACUGUCACAUAAUAUGAUAAUCAUUUAGAUAUCUAGAUCUAGUAAUCAUUAAUGAUACUCAUCAUUACUGACAUGUCACAGUCACAUAGUUAAUGAUAGUUGAUAGUAUAAUGAUAGUAUGUCUUUCAAAAAUUCAAUGUUUCUCUACUAGUCUAGAGUGACUCUACUAGAGUCUGGUCUCUACUCACUACUGUAUCAUAAUCAUAUUUAAUAAUCAUAGUGACUGUAGUCUAUAACUAUAGUCUAUACUGUCACUAUACUGAACUCGAUACUAUUUUCUAUACUAGAUCUAUAAUCUAUACUCUAUUAUACUCUAUACUAUACUAAAUACUAUAAAAUAUAAAUACUUACUUACUAGAUCUAGAGUCUAUAUAAUAAUUAAAUAUAAUAGUAUGUCUAUAUAAUAGUAUAUAACUAUAUAUACUGUGAAUAUACUAUAGUAUAAGUCUAGUAAGGGGACUAGUACUAUUGAUUGUGUCUAUGUCUAUAGUCUAGUAUUAAGUAUGUACUCUAUAGUAAAUUAUACUAUAUCAUGACUGCUAGUGCUAGUAGCACUGUCUACUGCUAGAUUAUAGAUCAAUAAUCAAUAAUAUAAAAGUAAACCCUAGUAGAUUCUAUAAAACCAAAAUAAAAAUGACUGAUGCCCAGAUACCGAAAGGUGCCCAGACACAAAGCCCUGUAACUCUACCCAAUGUAGCUUGGUUUGAGUUUAUUCUAAAUGAGAAAUUACUGCAUGAACACUUGAAUUCAGAAAACCCAGAUCCAAGUCCAUGUCAGCUCAUUGUACAGUUCCUUCAACAAGCUGAAAUAGAAAUGGCUGCUGUUAUUCAAUCUAGCAAUGAAAAGAAAACUCAGAAUGCUAUAGGACUUUCAGCUAACAAAACAGAUGAAGCUCCAGAGAUAAUUGAACCAACCAAGAAAGUUAAAGCCUUGCGACUUCUAGCAGUGAAAGUGGGUUGUCACUUGAGAUGGAAUUUAAUGGCUAUGGAGAAAGGUGUUCCUACUCCAGUGCUGCAGGCUUUAUUGAUUUUGUUGCUCCAGAUCUGUGUACCUAAUGUCAUUGAUAAUAUACACAACCCUGACCUUGAAGUGACAACCUUAACAGAGUUAGGAUUGUUUGUUGUUCAUCUUUUCCAUCGAUGGUGUGUGAGAAGUGUGGUGCGUGACAGUUUCCCAAGUAAACCUGUCAAGCAAGGCUUCACAGCUUUACCAGGGCAAGUUGACCCCCAAGUUGUAAUGGCACAGGCGACAGAUGAAAUCAUUAGAAAGUUUAAAGAUGAGCUGCCUGCGUCCAUUAAUUUUCUGGAGAAUUGUCUACACACUCUGGAACUAGAAUCUCGAUGUGCUGCCAUGCCCACCUCUGAAUGUUUUGGUCUGCCUAAUGAAGACUUUGAUGGACAACUGCUUUGGAGCAAUAGUACUAAAGUAACAUCUCAAGAAAUGAUCAGUCAGAUCUGCUUUGAUUUAGGAGCUUUAUAUUUUUUCAAAGGAGACUACAGGAAGUCUUAUGAGAAGUUUAGAAUUUGUAAACAACUUCAAAACGAGCUGAAGAAUCCAGUGUAUUGUGUUGUAGAUGUGGACAGACUGAAAGGCUAUCUAACUAGCUGCAGCAGUUUACUUGGUGUGCUGACUGACACUAACAUCCCCAAUCUAUUUGAAAGGGCUGAGUUAACUAGAAGAAAUGCUUACCAGGGCAUGGUGGAAGUCUUCAUUGAAGACAAUUUAAAACAAGAGCUGGACAUGGCCUACAGAAACAAUGUACAGGAAGAAUUACUUAAAAAAGGACUGACAGAUCUCUACUCCCAUAUUUACUUGUGUAAUGCUGUAAGGACAGCUAUGGAAGGAAAGACAACAGUGCUGCCAAUUCUAGACAUUCUGAAAACUGCAGACUCUAACACAACAGCCUUCGUUAUCCAAAUUUUUAGUUAUGCCAUGAAAGGAUCCUCUGUGUUGCAAAGAUCAAAUUUAAAAUCUUUUAUUUGGAACUUAGUGGAGCUCUUACCCCAAAAGAUCUCUUUUUCUCAGCAACUAAAAAGUUCUGACCUGGCUAACUAUUUCAAUGAAGUGGAACUGUCGGAGUUGUCCUUAGAGGACACUGACCUCAAUGGCUCUUACUUACUUGAUGUAGGGAUGGAGGACCCUGUAGCCAUGACAAGCUACCCCUCUACCAGAGAAUCAUCCUACAAUAUGAGUGACAUUGAAGGGCAGCUGCUGGCAGUGUAUGAACCAAAGCUCAUUAAAGACAUCUUAGUGGAACUUUAUGAGAAUAGACGAUUGAAUGCUAUGCAGAUUAUCUCACUUAAUGACAGGUGGAAAGUGCCCAAAGAACUUAAGCAAAUUUUAGACUCCACUAUGGAAAAACUGAAAGAAUUUGACAGAAUCUACCUGUAUGUCCUCAUAGCUAAGGCCAGACAUUGUAUGGAGCUGAAAAUUUUUGAGAGAGCUCGUCACAUAUUGCUUGUUGCUGAACCAAUCUUGACCAACACAUCUUAUGUUGCUGCCAAACAUGUGAAAUGGCAAAUGCUGCUAGCAGAGCUCAGUCAAUACACAUUUAAUCCAGAAUCCUGCGUGGAUCUCAGCGUACAUGAUUUGACUACCCAGAGUAAGCAGUGUCUGACCAUCAUUAGAUUAGGCCAAGAUAUCAUUCCCAGCGUUGAAGUUGUUGAACACUGUUGUGCUUUCCUGUGUAACAUUGGAGAAUGGCACUAUUUGUCUGAUCUCCACAAUACUGGAGAUGGUUUCAUAGAGUUAUCUCGUCUGCUGGCCUUGUUUGUAUGUGAGUUACAAACUAAGAAAAAUAUCAGGAAACAAGCCAGGGACUUGUGGGAGACUGUUUUGGGGAUUUACCAACCAGGUAACACAAAACGCCCCAAGUCAGCUCAUGAAAGUGCUGUCCGAAGAGACCAACAGUGUGGAAUUCUUCCUGUCAACCUAUUUGAAAGUUUUAUCCAGAGGAUUAAAGAACCCACAGUUUUGUCUGUAUUGAUUUCUCUGUUUUCCAAGCUGUUCAGUAUUCUUAAAGAUGAUGUCACCAGCGAGAUAAGCACCGAGUAUGUCUCCCUUUGGCCCACUGCUAUUGGGAUGGCUGUGGCAUCUGUGGCCAUGGUAGAAGAGACACUAAAGCUCCUGCUGGCACACAGUUUACAAGUUGACCCGAUGCAGCCCUCCUGGUUGCGCACCCAGGCAGACAUUUACUUUGCCCACGGGCAGUUUGCCACAGCCAUUAAGUAUUAUCUUGAGGCAGGUGUUGUGGCCACAGAUUUUUUUACCUGCCCCGUCCCCAGAACAGUUUAUGAUGACCUUAUUCUGCGAAAGAUGAUCAAGUGCUGUUCUUACCUGCAGUGCCACACUCAGGUGGCAGUACUGUGCCAGUAUUUGGAUGAGGUUGACUAUAACACAGCCUUCAAAGCUCUCCAAGAAAGAAACAUUUAUGAUGCAAUGGAUGCCUACUAUUGCUGUAUAUGGGAUGUGAGUAUAUUAGAAUUCUUAGUUCAUCUUCACACACGUAAAGGAGAAACAGACAAGCGUCAAACAGCUUUGAGAGCUUUGAGCCAAAUGGAUCUUAAUUCAAACAACCCAGAUCCCAUACAAAGACGAGCUGUGCAUGUUAGGAAAACAAAGUUUUUAAGAGCCAUGGCGAAACAGUUUUUGGGUUAACAUGUUUAGCAACAAGUGAAAGUACUCAAAUGCAGUUAUAAUGCAUUGAUAUUGUUUGUUUGCAAACUUUAUCCUAAAGUGAAAAUGUUCACUAUUGUUUCCAAGUUGUUUUUAAAAAGAAAAGUUACUCAUUUGUGUAUUGAAAAUAAUGAUAUUCUUGUCACCUCUUACAUUUUGUAAUGCCCAUUAUUUGUUUUAAGCUUCUAGAAAAAAAAUUCUUUGUGAAAUAUUUGAUGUUUUUAUAAAUAAAUAAAUAAUUUGUUUGAAUAAUUC